AUGAAAUAUAUUGAUGAAAUUGAUCUAGAGCUAGUCAACCAGGAACUAAAUUUCACCCUGGCUGACAACUCAUUAGAAAUUAGAGGGGGUUGUGAAUUAUUUACGACGAAGCCAAUUGCGUCGGACCGGAAAUUGUUCAAGACAAUAGAUAAGCAUUUAGAUCAAAUUAUCGAGGAUAACAUAAUAUCGCGUUCGUUGGAAAGAGAACGACAGAAUUCAAUAACGUCGCUAUUUGGCACUAGUGGAAGUCCUCGGGAUAUCCGAACACAACAAGAACAUUAUCAACAAAGACAACGAAGGUCGAGCUCGAAUCUGGGAAAAAUUCAAUUUCACAAGACACUGAUUCCUGAUAUUAAGGAUCCUCAACAUACAGCUAAUGCUUCCUUACUUUCAAAAUCAUUAAAUGCAACAGAUGACAGUUUUACCAAUGAAGCCGAUCAAGACGAGCAUGCAAUUGAUGAUUCGCCAUUUGGACCUUUGAAGGACACCACCACAAGACGCACAUUUGCUUACCUUAUUGGAAUCUUGAAUCAUACGUUCCCCGAUCAGGAUUUUAGUAAUCUUCAACCAACUCAUGAUUUUAUUAAAGUUCCCAUAUCUGAUCUACUCACUAAGUUUGAUAAUUUGUUGAUGUCGUUGGGUAAAAAAAGUGAUGUCCUACACUGGAUGUGGGAUAUUCUUGAUUCAUACAUGGAAGUGUUACCUUCGAAAACAUCGUCUCCCUAUUUAGCUGCUCAAGAUGUGGAAACAAAUGAUCAUCCUGAACCCAGCACAAGUAGGAAAAAUAGUGUAAACAAUAGCAGGCAUGGCUCUCCACCCAAUUCGAAAGUUGUUCAAGAAAGUUGCAGUAUUUACCUGUUUGAACCAGCUAAUGAUUCGAUAUUUGAGGAUAUCUCGUAUCCUUAUCAACCAAUGUGGAGUUAUUUUUGGUUCAUAUACAACAAGAAAAGAAAAAGAGUCGCUUUCAUUCGUCUAAUUGCUAUAAAUAAAGCUGAUUUAGAAGAGGAAGAGGGAUCGGAUACCAAUGGUGGUGGUGGUGGUAAUGAUGAAGACGUGGUCGGUAAUAUUGAGCUUUCGUAA